AUUUAUAGUAGGGCUGUCGCUCGCUUUCUGGCAGCCUCCCUUCUCUUCCUCUCCAAGAAGAAGUCGGCGGGUUACAAGAGCGCUUUUGGAUUGAGGCGCAGACGAAGCGGCGCCCUUCCUUUGAGUCUAGCGCAUACCCUGACGAUGGUGGCAAAUGAGUUUACUGUGGACUUGAGAAAAGCUCUUGUUUUCCAGGUUGGCCAUCUGGGGAAAGCUUACCAAGAAUGGGUUCACCAGCCCAUUGUUAGCAAAGAAGGCCCACGGUUUUUUGAAAACAACAUCUUGGAGUUUUUGACACGUACUGUGUGGUGGGCGGUACCAACCAUUUGGCUUCCAGUUGUAUGCUGGUUCGUGGUGAUGUCCCUCCGCAUGGGUCAAUCACUACUUGAAGUUUCUCUGCUGAUUUUGGCUGGAAUAUUUACAUGGACAUUAAUUGAAUACUGUUUGCACCGAUUUCUCUUCCACAUUAAGACAGAAAGUUACUGGGCAAACACAGCACAUUAUCUUCUUCAUGGAUGCCAUCAUAAACACCCCAUGGAUGGUCUCCGUCUAGUUUUUCCCCCAGCUGCAGCAGCUGUUCUUUGCUUUCCAUUCUUUGGUCUGGCCAAACUCUUAACAACCACCACGGCGGUACCCGCCGCCGCGGCACCCGCCUUCUUUGGGGGUGGCAUGCUUGGCUAUGUAAUGUAUGAUUGCAUUCAUUACUACCUGCACCAUGGCAAUCCAUCCAGUAACCGAGCAAAAUAUCUCAAGCGUUAUCAUAUGAACCAUCACUUCAGAGUUCAAACACUGGGAUUUGGAAUCACUUCUUCACUGUGGGAUGUCAUAUUUGGGACUUCGCCACCUGCAUUGAAAGCUUCUCAGAAGAAGAAUUGAUUCUCUUUAGUUUGCCCUGAAAAUUUGCUGUAAUUAAUUAAGGUUGGGAUGCCUGUGAACUCCAUGAAUUGUAUCUUUUGUAGCACUUGGCUGCCUCUGAUGUUUUUUUAGAGUCUAUUAACUCUCUCCUCCUCUUCUGUUUUUCAUAUUACUCUUGCAAAUUGCUGCCCCACUGCUUGAUAUUCUGAUGUCUUAGACAGAUUUCUUUGGUUUGAUAUAAUAAAAAGAUUAUUUAUG